AUGGCCUGCUGCACCACUAGCUUCUGUGGGUUUCCCAGCUGUUCCUGCGGCACCUGUGGCCCCAGCUGCUGCCAGCCCAGCUGUUGCCAGACCAGCUGCUGCCAGCCCACCUGCUGCCAGACCAGCUGCUGCCAGCCCACCUGCUGCCAGACCAGCUGCUGUGGGAUGGGCUGCGGGACCAGCUGUGGGACCGGCUGUGGGAUGGGCUGCGGGACCAGCUGUGGGAUGGGCUGUGGGACCGGCUGUGGGACCGGCUGUGGGAUGGGCUGCGGGACCAGCUGUGGGACCGGCUGUGGCACUGGCUGUGGCCAGGCUGGUGGCUGUGGAGCUAUGAGCUGCCGCACCAGGUGGUGCCGCCCUGACUGCCGCGUGGAGGACACCUGCCUGCCCCCCUGCUGUGUGGUGAGCUGCACCCCCCCAACCUGCUGCCAGCUGCACCAUGCCCAGGCCUCCUGCUGCCGCCCAUCCUACUGUGGACAGUCUGCCUGCCGCCCAGCCUGCUGCUGCUACUGCUGCCAGCCCACCUGCUGUGAGCCCACCUGCUAA